AUGGCAGCAGCGCACCGAUCUCGACAGGCGCCAUCGUCCUCGUACGCGCAAUGGCUGUCUGACAUGCAGCUAAGCCCAACAAAAAGGCGUCGGAAAGUCCGAUGCGAUGAACAGCAUCCGAAUUGUAGCCACUGCAAGAGGCUGCGGCUAGACUGCUCGUGGCAGCAAGAUACGACUCCAAGAUCCAAUAACAAAAAGAAAGUGCGAACACAUCGCCAUAUCCGCGAUCAGCCAGAGUCCGGAAGGAAUAAAGAAAAAGUCAACAUCACUACCUCAUCGCCCGCGCCUGAUACAACACCUACCCCGUUGCAGGAGAGUGCCGAUGACUCGGCUUUCAACAAGAUCUUCAAUUAUGCAAGUUUCAUGUGGGACGACCUCUCAUCAAACUUGUCACCAAAUUGGGACACCGUGGACAUGAAUACCUCGGAAGAUCUGGCGUCUUGGCCCGAGAUGUCGCUUCCAAUCCCAGCUCCAUUGGGACCACCACUAUCAAACUCUGCGACAAGUACCGGAGCUCUCGUCGAACGCCGUUCAAAGAACAACCUUGAAUCCUCAACGCUGUCGGCACGCUUCUCAAUCGGAUGGAGCGAGUCUCAGCUAGCGGAUUAUUUUGCUCACUCGGCCGCACCGCCAAUCCUAGCCACCGUGGAAACGAGUGCACGCUGGCUUUGGAUGCGGAAGGAGCUGACAUCGAUGACCUCAAGCUCAGAGAUGGUCAAGUUCGGAGUCAUUGCAUUUGUGGCGCUGGAGUUGGAGUCUGCGUGUGCAUUGGAGCCAGCGACCUACUCGCGAUAUUACCGCACGGCAAAAGAGAGAUUGGCUGAGAAUCUGGAAAAAAUAAAUAACGACAAAAGCCUUCUUGUCUCGCAAUUACGGCCUAUCCUAGCCGUCUUAUUUCUGCUAUCAUAUAUUGACUUGCUCACCAAAGACGUCUCUAAUGUGCACGCAAAUCUGCGACAUGGUUUCAAUGCUUUGCAGAUGGUGGAUAUUGAAUCCCUGGGAGUGACAGGUAUUUCCCCCUCAAAAAUGUAUAAGACUACUUUUGCUAAUCCGUUCUUUACAGAAAAACGUCUUGUAUCUUGGCUUCGGCUACUAGAUGCUCGGGCUGCGGGUGUUGGAGGAGAGGGACUUUUCCUUAACGAAGAUGACAACACAAUCAACACGGAUCUCCGGUCCCCAGACAGCUCAAUUGAGGAAAUUGAUUCCGCACUUGAUGAUGACGCAGAAGCCGCCCUCGAGGAUUUUAUCAUGAGACCAGCCUUCCUUUUCUUCCAAAAGGUCCAACUGUUUAUGGGCCGGAUCUCGAAGAUCGACCUCUGGCAUCGGCGCCGGGGUACAGUUGAAGACGAAACAGAAGUAAUGUUAAUUGCGGCCGAGAUCAGCCGCGAUAUCAAAGCCCUAUGGCAGCAACGCCCGCCCAUGAUGGAUCAUGCUGUCGCCGGCCGGCUGGGACCGCUUCUUUCUCCACGACUAGCAGAGACCACUACGCGGAUGAUGAGACUAGCACACGCAAAUUUCUUUACUAGCUUUAUCCAUCUGCAUCGUGUUGCCUACAAAAGAUCUGUGUCGUCGUUGCCCGUGAACAUGUUAUGGCCAUUAAUGAUGCUAGGCGUUGAGACCGAAGAUCUUGACGAGCGCGUGUGGGUAAUAUCAUGUAUUAAAGAGAUGGGGAAUGUUGCUUCAAAUGCUGGUAUUACGGCUGAAGUUCUUCAAGAAGUUAUUCGCCGACAAGACGAGAACCAACAACGUAUGGACAUCAGAGAAGUGAUGCACGAGACCUUCAAUCGGGCUUUUGCCAUUGUGUGA